UAACGAGACUCCGUGCGAGUGUGUUGCCCGAACUCGCCGACCGUCCGCGACCAACAACAAACAUUAUUUUUUCACAUUUCAGUGCAGUGUUUUGCGACGAGUUCGUUCAGUUUAGUUGUGCGAUUGGGUCCUUUACAGUUUGAUCCAUGUACGUGUGCCACAUAACCAAGGAUUACUGCGCCAGUGUGUAACCGUGAUUCAGAAAAGGUUACCACUGCUCGAAUGAGAACGUCGCCAUCGAUCUGUACGAUGAUGUCUUGACGAAGGACGAAGGAGUUGAUCAAUUCUCGAGUUCAACAAAAAUAUUGAAUGUGUGACCAGUGUGCAUAAAAAACUGACAAUAUGAAAACCACGGGACCCGCUCUCCUGGUUGUUCUAAGUGCGUUUUUGAGCGUGUGCUCGUCCGCGGGCGUGAUAUCGCACGACACCUUCGAACCCGAAGCAAAAUGCGAAGAAAUCACCAUACCCAUGUGCCUGAACAUCGGCUACAACCAGACCCGCAUGCCCAACGAGCUGAACCACGAAUCGCAAGAGGAGGCCGGCCUGGAAGUCCACCAGUUCUGGCCCCUCGUCGAGAUAAACUGCUCUAAAGAUUUGAAAUUUUUCCUGUGUUCAAUGUACGCCCCCAUCUGUCUGGCCGACUACACGAAACCGCUGCCGCCGUGUCGAGACCUAUGUAGGAGAGCGAGAGAAGGCUGCGAGCCCAUAAUGACCCAGUACGGCUUCAAGUGGCCCGAUCGCAUGGAGUGCGACCAAUUUCCGAUACAGGGCGCCUCCCCAGAAGCCCUGUGCAUGGACCAGAACCCCAGCACAAGUUCAGCCACGCAAAAGCCGCCAGUCGCUCCGAAGAAAUCGCCCAGACCGUGCAAGCCCGGUUCAAAAAACUGCACAAGUCCCCACGGAGACGGAAGAAAGGGCGGAAGAGAGUGCAAGUGCCAAUGCAGUCCGCCCCUGAUCUCCUUGGGGAGAGGAAGCAGCGGCACCAUGAUGGGCGGAAUGUCACCGAUGGCGAACAGAAGCGUGGCCGGCGUCGCAAACUGUGCGUACCCUUGCAAGGAGAAGUUCUUCAACGCGGACGAGAAGGAGUUCGCGGCGGUGUGGAUCACCCUGUGGUCGGGCCUAUGCGCGGCUUCAACUUUAAUGACACUCACCACCUUCUUCAUCGAAACAGAACGUUUCAAAUAUCCUGAGAGGCCGAUCGUCUUCCUCUCGGCCUGCUACUUUUUUGUGUCGGUUGGAUAUUUGUUCAGGGUGAUUCUUGGACACGAGGAAAUUGCUUGUGAGGGCGAAAUGAUACGUUACUCGUCGUCUGGGUUCCAGUGGUGCAUGGUGGUGUUUCUGCUCGUAUACUUCUUUGGAAUGGCCUCGUCAAUUUGGUGGGUCGUCCUUUCAUUGACGUGGUUUUUGGCAGCCGGUCUAAAAUGGGGAAAUGAAGCCAUCACCAGUUACUCACAGUAUUUCCAUAUUGCUGCUUGGGUGAUUCCGGCCUUGAAGACUCUGGCUGUGGUAUUAUCGGGGGCAGUUGAUGGUGAUCCAGUCUCCGGCAUCUGCUACGUGGGCAACAUGAACAUGGACAACUUGAGAACGUAUGUGCUUGCGCCAUUGGUGGCCUACUUGAUCCUAGGAACAAGCUUCCUUCUGGCUGGAUUCGUAUCAUUGUUCAGAAUCAGGAACGUAAUCAAGAAACAAGGAGGUGCUGGUGCCGGAACCAAGGCUGACAAACUAGAAAAACUCAUGAUCAGAAUCGGCAUCUUUAGUGUUCUCUACACUGUUCCUGCUACCAUCGUCAUCGGCUGUCACGUAUACGAGAACUCGUUCCACGAGGAGUGGCUAAAAUCCCUGGCUUGCUCUUGCCACAACCCCAGCAUGUCGCCUAAAAGCAGACCAUUGUACUCUGUCUUGAUGCUCAAAUACUUCAUGGCCUUGGCCGUGGGAAUCACUUCCGGCGUCUGGAUUUGGUCCGGCAAAACUUUGGACUCGUGGCGUCGACUCUGGGGCCGGUUGUUCCACCGUCAAGACUUCUCUGGAGCAAACGCAGUCCUAAUUAAAAACCGACCGGGAAAACCACCGCCACCCCAAUACUUGGUAUCCGUGCCUCCGGGCAGCGCUUCGCUUCUCGGACCUACCGGCAGCGUGGCAUCGGCCAGCCAACACCACUUGCACCACCACGUACUUAAACAACCUCCAUUAAGUCACGUAUGACAGGCGGCCGAAGGGGCCACUCCCGUCGUAGUAGCCCAUCCCCAGCAAGGUUCAGGACCCUCGUUGAGCAACUAUGGCCCCAUUUGAGUGACCGCCGUCUGGGGACCCUGUCAUCACCAGGUCACCGCUCUCUAGUCGACUAUAAAACGCAGGAAACAGUGCCAUAUGAUAAGGACACUCUCAGAUUCCUUUUAUUUUUUAUUAUUGUUGUUUUUUGAUUGUUUCGUCCCCCAUCGUAUCCCCCACCCCCACACACCUCCUAGUUUUGAUAGCUCUCCUUGUACAGACGGAACUAUGUUAGUUAGUAAACCUCUUUGUGUAUUUAUUUAUUAUUGUUCGAAACAAGUGUAUAAAAUGUGAUUGUUGGACUGAUUUUUUACAUACUCAUGUGGAAAAAACAAAUUUUUAUGAGGACUAUGGACAAAAGCUAUUUAAAUCGACUAUUCUGACAACUUUUUGUUACAAAAUUUGUUCACGAACCACUGACUAAAAACAUUUUAAAUGGGACUACGUGCGAGUCUUGCAUUUGAAAAUGUUUUACGGCACGAACUCUGGAGGUAUUAUCCAUGGUCCUUGGAUUCAUGUAUAUGCGGUCCGGACUCAAAAUUAAGGACCGGACGUUGAAAGAUGACGAGCACUUCUUGUCCGUAUUGUAUUAACAAGUAUAAUAUUGUACAGUACUAAAAUGAGAUGCAGUUUUCAGUUACAAAAUGACGACUGACAGUAAUGGAUUUAAAAUAAAUGUCUAUUUCGAUCCUCUAAGGUCUUAUGUAAACAAUGGAUCAGGCCGCACGUCUCCGUGUGAUAUAUUGAGGUAAAAAACAGACGGAAUUAUUCGGCCGAGAUUCCUUCUCAUUUGUUACGUUGUCACGAUGCCUUAAAAUGCCGUUUAAAAUUUAACGCAAGGCGGACGGUGUGUUUGUCAUAUUACAAAGUGAGAAAAAAAUACGUAAUUAAAUAUAAUUAUUAAUGUAAAAAUGUAUUUCUAGUACGGUUGCGUUGCAAAGUAGCAUGCGAAGAAGCGAGGAGAAAUUAUCCAUUAUAGAUUACAAAAAAUAGUAACGUUUAUAUAAAAUGCCAUAAUUCGUGCCAUACAGGAGUGGUUAGUAGGGACCAUCGUAUGAAAAUUACAUAUGUUCUUUGCCUGGGACUUUGCACAGUUUGCAUGAUGUGUGAUCCUUGUAAAAUAAUAUAUUCUUGUAGUUUUCGAUUAGUAAUUAGGUUUUUAUAUAAAUCUAUUGACUCUCAAUAAUCUUUUUUGUACUUAUAUCUGUCUAUUUAAUCGAAGUUUUUGUAUAUAAAUAAAACUGCAGCCACAUUGAGAUCAAAUCAAGAUCAAAAUAUAAUGUCUGCUCGUAAGUGUAAUAUGUACUACUAAUUGAUUAUGGACAUUAAUCCUUAUGGGUUAAACUGAAAUAAGUGAUGAUUUGUAUCCAGAUUAUAGCUUUAUUAAAUAUAAUAUAGUGUAGAACAUAUCAGAUUUUAUAAAGAAAAAAACUAAUAUAUUCGCACACAAACACAAUUUCAACUCCUCACAUAAUUAUUGUAAUUAGUUUUAAUAACAAUUUUGUCAGGAGUUGUGUACUUUUUUUUGUUAACUUUCGGUUUUGUUGGAUAUAUUUUGUCACAAAUUAUGUUUUUAAACUAAUGUGAAUAUUUCGUUGAAUGAAAUAAAAACUGAACGACUGAGCACAAUUAUUUUGUAUAUUUUUUCUAUAAAUUGUACAGCAUAUUAUUUGUAAUUGCGUGUAUAGUAGUCCAUAGUUAUUGUAAUUGUCUGUAUGCUUCAAAAUGUAUACGAUUUUGAUUAUAUUUUAUUGUUUAAAUUAA